AUGCAGAAUAAGGAUGCAGAAAUGAAUAGUAAAAUUGGAGGUAAAGUGAUGGACGGUUCAGAUAUAAUGGAGUUGGUUGAAAAUGAGAAGGUUUUUAGUAAUUUUGUGGAUCAUAAGUUUCAAGAACUGGAUAGAGACUGUGACGGUAACCUUUCCGUCAAGGAACUGCAACCGGCCGUCGCAGAUAUAGGCGCCGCUCUUGGCUUGCCGGCUCAAGGUUCGUCUCCGGAGUCCGAUCAUAUCUAUAGAGAGGUGCUUGAUGAAUUCACACAUGGAAAACAAGAGAAAAUAAGCAAAAUUGAGUUUAAAGAGGUUCUUUCUGAUAUUCUAUUGGGCAUGGCUGCUGGUUUAAAACGAGAUCCCGUUGUAAUUCUUCGAAUGGAUGGUCAAGACCUCUUCGAGUUUAUUAGCAGCCCAACUUUUGAUCCGGAAAUGCUGACAAUAUUCUCUGAGAUUGAAUUACCCGAUGGAUCCCUUCAAGAUUACAUUAUUAAGGCUUUUGAGAAACUUACAGUUGAUCAAGGGAUGCCUCCUGCAACAGAUCCUUGGGUUGCUAUCAACAUUGUGGAACCAGCACUAAAAUCCCUACGUAUUGACCCUCAGCAACCAGUUUCACAAGAAAUAUUUUUGGCGGAGUUUAAAAGAGCCACAGAGAGUGUGGUGCAACAUCUCAAGGAGCAACCUGCUAUUGUUGCUCACAGUCAGAAUACUUUCGAUGGCAGUGGCAUUAAGCAAUUGUUGUCUAACAAAUUCGAGUCAGAUAAGAUAUUGGAUUCGGCUUUAAAAAGUGUACCGAAGGAUCGCCAUGGGAAGAUAUCAAAGGAAUAUUUGCGUGUGGCACUUGAUGUUAUCGCCCCCUCUGCUGGUUUACCUCCAAUUGGUGCCGUUGAUCAGAUGGAUAAAAUAACGAUCAAAGCACUCGAAAUGUUCAAAGCGGAUGAUGGGAAACUGGUUAAAGUAGACGAGUUCAAGAAGUUAUUGACUGAAGUGCUCGGGAGCAUCAUGUUGCAACUACAGGGCAAUCCGAUUUCGGUGUUUGUAAAUUCGGUUGUGCACGAGCCAAUUACUUCUUCGUCUACACUUCUGCAAACAUAA